GCGGCGGUCGCCGCCCGCUUCCCCGCGUGCCGCCGUUCGCCCCGCCUCUUUCCUUCCCGCACCAAGAUGGCGGAGUACGACCUGACCACCAAGAUCGCGCACUUCUUGGACCGGCACCUGGUUUUCCCGCUGCUGGAGUUCCUCUCUGUCAAGGAGAUAUACAAUGAAAAAGAACUCCUUCAAGGAAAACUGGAUCUCCUUAGUGAUACCAACAUGGUGGAUUUUGCAAUGGAUGUGUACAAAAAUCUGUAUUCUGAUGAAAUUCCACAUGCUUUGCGUGAGAAGAGAACAACUGUUGUUGCACAGCUGAAACAGCUACAAGCUGAAACCGAACCUAUUGUCAAGAUGUUCGAGGAUCCAGAGACAACAAGGCAAAUGCAGUCUACUAGGGAUGGUCGAAUGCUGUUUGACUACUUAGCUGAGAAGCAUGGUUUUAGACAGGAGUACCUAGAUACACUCUACAGGUAUGCGAAGUUCCAGUAUGAAUGUGGCAAUUACUCUGGAGCUGCAGAAUACCUGUACUUCUUCAGGGUUCUGGUUCCAGCAACAGACAGAAAUGCUUUGAGUUCACUGUGGGGGAAAUUGGCAUCUGAAAUUCUCAUGCAGAACUGGGAUGCAGCCAUGGAAGAUCUUACCAGAUUGAAGGAGACAAUAGAUAAUAAUUCAGUCAGCUCUCCUCUGCAGUCCCUUCAGCAAAGAACAUGGCUCAUCCACUGGUCUUUAUUUGUGUUUUUUAAUCAUCCUAAAGGGAGAGACAAUAUCAUCGAUCUCUUUCUCUAUCAACCACAGUAUCUCAAUGCGAUUCAGACAAUGUGCCCACACAUCCUCCGAUAUCUCACUACUGCAGUCAUAACAAAUAAGGAUGUUCGAAAACGUAGACAAGUGCUGAAAGAUCUGGUCAAGGUUAUUCAGCAGGAGUCCUACACAUACAGGGACCCCAUCACGGAAUUUGUGGAGUGCCUGUAUGUUAAUUUUGAUUUUGAUGGUGCACAGAAGAAGCUGAGGGAGUGUGAAACGGUGCUUGUGAAUGAUUUCUUCUUAGUUGCAUGCCUGGAGGACUUCAUUGAGAAUGCCCGUCUCUUUAUAUUUGAGACUUUCUGCCGCAUCCAUCAGUGUAUCAGCAUUGGUAUGUUGGCAGAUAAACUAAAUAUGACUCCUGAGGAAGCAGAAAGAUGGAUUGUCAAUCUAAUCCGCAAUGCACGAUUAGAUGCCAAACUGGAUUCAAAGCUGGGCCAUGUAGUUAUGGGCAACAAUGCAGUAUCACCUUAUCAGCAAGUGAUUGAGAAGACCAAAAGCCUGUCUUUUCGUAGCCAAAUGUUGGCUAUGAACAUUGAGAAGAAAUUGAAUCAGAGUGGCAGAUCAGAGGCACCUAACUGGGCUACUCAAGACUCUGGAUUCUAUUGAUGUAAUUCUGUAGCGGGAAAAUUCAUUUUUCAUUUGCAUAAAAAGCAUAUGAUAAGUUUGUAAUCUUAUUGAGAAGGCAGUUGUUUCAUCUUAAAAUUUAUUUGAAUAAAAUUGGCUACUUUUAACUA